AUCUCAUUAGUCAUUAUGCGCAUGACAUCGACCAACACUUUGGUCAUACAAUAACUAGCAAGGUCGCGUGCGCAAAUAGCGCGGGUAGCUAGUUUUUCUUUUCACACUAAAAUUUAGGUUUUUCACUUAAAAGCAAAUUUAUAUAAGGUUUUUUAGUUAUUUCAUUGUCAUUAUUGUUUUAAUGUCAUUGUUUUGUUAAGUGACCCAGACCAAGACAUUCUCACUUCUUAUCAUCAUAUUAUAUGGUUUGGAACAUGAAUUCAUUUUUCAGGAUAAAGGGUAUGUACUUAUGUAGAAACAUAUUUUUUGGGUUAUUGAACUUAAUAUAACUUUUUUCUUGAACUUUAUUUUGUUUCUCCUCUUGUUUCCAUACAAAUUAGGGUUGCUUCAAUUCUAUUCAACACAGAUUUUAAUUGCCACCAGGGGGGUCUGAGUUGCAAUAUCCAUAUAUGGAUCCAAUCUAUUUUUUUAAUCUUCUAUACGUCAUCUAUUCUUCUAAAAGAUUAAAUAGUUAUAACACAAACCUACUAGUAUCGAUGCUGUUCAUUUUUCUAUUUAUUCAUCAUUUAAUGUGGUAAUAGCUAGUUUUUUCUAUAUGAACAUGUAGCUUAAUAGUUUUAUUAUAAAAUCUAUCCACUAAAUAAAUUGACAUGAAUACUAAAAAUAUAUUUUUUUUCAAUUGACGUGGUAGCCUAUUAUUAGUGAAAAUAAUAAAGUUCUCCAUGGGCUCUUAAUUUAAAUAAUUUGCUUCUAAUAUCAAUGAAAAUUUCUCUUAAUUUUAUUUCUCAAGUAUUUAGUUAUAGUAUUUGACUUUGACUACUUCUUUGACUAUUUUUCUAAAUUCAUAAAGAAUAUUACUAUUUUCCCUAUUAAUUUAAUUUAACACUAUUCAUCUACACGACCAUUUAGCCCAUUUACACUAUUCAUCUACACGACUAUUUUCCCUGCAUUGCAAAGCACACAGCCCUAGAGAAAUCAAGAAGAGACGACGGCGAUGGCGGAGAGGGUGUCGAGGCUGUCGACGGAGAAGGCUGUGGUGAUCUUCACGCGGAGCCAGUGCCCGAUGUGCCACGCGAUGUUGAGCCUCUUCUCCGAGCUCGACGUGUGCGCGGCGGUGCACGAGCUGGACAAGGACCCGCGCGGCCGCGACAUGGAACGGGAGCUCGCCCGCCGCCUCGGCCGCACGCCGCCGGUCCCUGCUGUCUUCGUCGGCGACAACCUCGUCGGCUCCACCGACAAGGUCAUGUCGCUCCACCUCGGCGGCGAGCUCGUGCCCAUGCUCAAGGCCGCCGGCGCCAUAUGGCUCUGAAGUCUGAAUCCUCCAUCCAUUGGCGACAGCAACUAUAUAUAAAAAUUCCUCGCUCCGAUCCAAUAUAGUUCCCAAAUCCCAACAGGAAUUUUGAGAAGUUUUGUUCAGCGCGGCCAGUAGUGUCACCACUUGCAGGGCUGAAAAGGGUUUGGAAUGACCAGUCCGUGUCUUUGAAUGUACAUGGAUGUAUGUAACCCUGACCUUUCCAGGAUUUUCAGAGUGAGAUGCAUGUGGACUUUGAUGAGUUAAUUGUAACAACCCACGUAAUAAUUACCUUGAUUAGGAUUAA